AUGGAUGAUCAAGAUCUAGUACACCAGAGAAAGCGCCGUCGGGCCAAGGUCGCCUGCGACCCAUGUCGCGAGAGGAAGCGAAAGUGCGACGGCCGCCAGCCAUGCGGGACGUGUACGCGACUCGAGUAUGACUGCAGUUACAAGGGAAUGGCAGUUCAAGUGAGAAAUAUACCGUCGGCAUCGUCAAAUAGUUUUGGAGCUGCAAUAGAAUCAUCGGCUUCCACGGGCCAGCCAGAUGAGAGGAGGAAGAGGAAGCACCAGUCCAGUGCCCCCGGAGUCGAUGUGCACCGCCAUGUCCAGCUGCUGGAGGCCAAUUCAGGCGCCGCAUUCGUCAGGAAGCUCGGACUGCAUAUUGAUCCUUCGAAUGCGCCUCGGCUGCAUCUGUUUGCGUGGAAUACCGGAGAGCGCCUGGCGAGAUGCGCACCAGGGGCUGUCAGGCCGGUGAUAAGCAUGCUGACCGCAGCGGAGAUGACUCGCCUCGCCCUGAUUUACUUUGACAAAGUCGCCGAAACAUACGGGUUUAUAGAUCGCAGCCUCUUCUUCAAGCGACUGCAUGCCAGAUGGAAUACCUCAGGGUCCAAUACAGCCUACGACUCUGUCUUCUGCGGCGUCGCGGCCCUGGCGUUGCACUUCUCAGAGCGCUUCCCCAUGGCCUUCGAGCCCGAUCUCGUCGAGACCGCAAAGACCCUCCUGGAGCAGAACUCCCUGCAAACGCCACCCUCCGUCGACACAGUCAAAGGCUGGAUCCUGCGCGUCGCAUACCUCCGCAUGACCUCCACACCGCACGCAACAUGGCUCGCAAGCUGCUCGCUCAUGCACGUCGCCGAAGCCGCCAACAUCCACCUCGAAGGACACCUAGAGACCGUCUUCAACGACAACCCGUCCGAAACAAUCGCACUCGAUCUCCGCCGCCGCCUCUGGGGUCUCGCGCAGCACUUCAACAUCUGGGCCUCCUUCGACCUCGGCCGCAGCAGGAUCACCCUCUCCGGCGCCUGCACCACAAAGCCAGUCGACGCCGAGCCAGCAGCAUCAGCAUCAGCAUCAGAAGCACCCCCAGGAUCCAUAGGGACACCAGGAGACUCCACCUCGCAAAUCCUCUCCCUGGUCCCACUAACUGAGCGUCUAGAUCCCAACAAGCCGCGCUCCGUCGAAGAGCUCGAAAACGACAUCAUCCAAGUCCUCGCCGAGGCCCGCGGCGCUCCUACCGCCACCAUGUCCCAGGUGAACCUCAUGCUAUGCAUAUUCCGACGCCUCCGUGCGCAGGGGUCCAUCGAUACACUACAUCCACACAUGGACCGCAUCAUCGCCCUGGCGAUGAAAGGCCUGGACGCGUCGCUGUCUAUGGUGGCUAGUUACAGUCCCUGGCAUCAUGCGGCGAAUAUCCCGUUCCAGGUUGUUUGUCUGUUGCUGGCGAUCGAUAGCCAGGCGUCGCUGGGGCUGUUGGGGAGGGCGAUGGGGGUGUUGAGGGCGGUUAGGGAUCGGUGGGAUAGUGCGGUUAUGCGCGAGGCGUACAGCACGGCUGUGUUGUUGGUUUAUUUGCAUCAGAGGCGAAAGGAGGACGAUGCGAGGAGUUUGAGGGGGGUGUUGGAGGUUUAUUCUACCACGGCUUCGACGCCUGGGGAGCUUGGGUCGGCGUCUGCGUCGGCGUCUGCGUCUGCUGGGUUGGAUGCGGAUAUGGGAAUGGGAGGGGCUGAAAUUGGGGUUGAUGCACCGCAGCAGGACUGGACGGCGGCGUAUGCGGCGGAGGUUUCGUGGUUGGGGAAUCUGGUGUCUGAUAUGCCGGCGUUGAGGGAGAUUGAUGUAGAGCAGUUCUUGAUGCAGCCUGGUGGUGGAGGUGGAUUCUCAAUAUGA